AGUGCAAUGACGUCGACCAAUGGGAUUAUCGGUUCAUUCGGGGGGCUUGUGUCUCACAGUGGCCUGUUAUUGUUCGGAGUAGCGGGUUGAAACCUUUCGAUCUCCUCCGAGGCUGACAACGGCAAUAUGAAUAUGUACGCUGUGCCCAACCCUGAAAUCCCGGCCUGCCCCCCAGGACUGGAAUACCUGACUCAGGUGGAUCAGCUGCUCAUCAAACAGAAAGUGGAGCUCGUUGAAGCCCUCGUCGGCUUCGAGAGCAACAACAAGUACGAGGUGCGGAACACCGUGGGCCAGAACGUCUUCUACGCCGUGGAGGAGAACGACUGCCUGAGCCGGCAGUGCUGCGGCCCCAUGCGCUCCUUCAACAUCCACGUCCUCGACAACUACGGCCAGGAGGUCAUCACCGUCACGCGCCCGCUGAAGUGCAUGUCGUGCUGCUUCCCUUGUUGCCUGCAGGAGUUGGAGGUGCAGUCUCCGCCCGGCAACACGGUGGGCUACGUCACGCAACAGUGGCACCCGUUCUCCCCCAAAUUCAUCGUGGCCAACGAACACUUGGAGCCCGUGCUGAAGAUCCACGGGCCCUUCUGCGGAUGGAGCUGCCUACCGGACGUCGACUUCGAGAUCCUGACGUUGGACGAAGUCAGCAAGAUUGGGAAGAUCAGUAAGCAGUGGACCGGGCUUCUCCGGGAGGCGUUCACAGACGCAGACAACUUCGGUAUCCAGUUCCCCAUGGAUCUGGACGUGAAGAUGAAGGCCGUGAUGAUCGGCGCAUGUUUCCUCAUUGAUUUCAUGUUCUUUGAGACCAAUAACUAGGAGCCAAACGGGAAAUCGGGGUGAAGAACAAAGGCCACGAAGCCACGAUGAUCAGUCCCAAACGCCCCCCCACAUAGACACAUAGAACGACCUUCAAACAGACCUUUGAAAGGAAGUAGGCGGUUCCUUAAACGCUGAGGUUUAUUUUAGUCCUGCUCGCCGGGUUGUGAAUGCACGGAGCAGUGUUUGAGAUGAGGAGGUUUUUAUUCCUGUUUACAUUGUGCUUGUUAAGCCCAUGUUGGUCCAGAACCUUUUGGUAUCACUGAAGAAAAAAACACGUAACUUGAAAAAGUCCAUGAAAAGGGGACACCAUUACUGGCAAGUGCUGUUAUAUAGUUCUUUCACAAGAAAGAAAGACUUGUGUCAUUAUGGCCGCAUAGCACUUUUGUAAUUUGGUCAUAUUUAUAGACGAGAUGUUACUUCAUAUAGAACACUAGGCUUGUAUUCUAACGUAUUAGCUACACUGAGAGAGAACCAAAAGAUUGGUGUAACGUAGUAACUAAUUCAGACAUUCAAAGCCUUUAUUUAUUGAUUCAUAUUUUGUUAAACGAUGUGUGUGCAUGCACUGCUUUGUGUGGACAUGUGUGUGCCCGAUGAGCAUUUUCACUAAAGCAUAAACUACCAUAGAAUUUCAAUAAUAUUUUACAAUGUCAUAAUAUGAAUGAUUGAUCGUUACAGUCAAUAUGGGGUUGUUUACUUAAAAGUGGGCGGCUUAUGGAUCAACGUGUCCGUCUUGUCCACAAGAGGGAGCCAGCCUUUCAUUUUAAAAUAACCUGACAACGCCCAUAUAGACGAGGCCAAUGCCUGCUUGCGCUGUAUAGCUUUUUACUGUGUUAUCAUUUCAGACAAACUCAGGAUGAGAUGCAUUCUACUUCAUUAUACUGAUCCAGGAUAUGCACACCUGCACCUGGUACUAUGAAUAUAAUGAUAAAGUCAUCUUUUGGAGGCGAUUCUCUACACCAAAGCGUCUCACACGGGUUCAUCAGCCUGAAUGUUGAGCAUUUUCACCGUUGCAUUGCUCAUAGUUUCACAGCUUUUUAAAAUUAAAAAGGAUUUAAAUGGAGGCAUCAGUCUGAUUAGGGACGGCGAAAGUAUUGUUACAGAGAAUUGAACUGUGCGCUACAUCAACAUUAAGGCGAUUAAGAGCUCUGUUGUAGCUUUAUGAAAAAACACCCAUCCAAGUCAUUUUCUAAAUACUAAAUCUUAAACGCUUUUAUUUUUGUAAAACAAAAGUCAAAUAAACUGCCAUUUAAAAGAUCUGAUAUUUCCAGGGGAGACUCUGGCUAUUCUUUUUAUAUUUUAGGACUGAAUACAUCAGUACUGAAGAACGGGUGAAUGUUUUUUGCAUACUACUGUUUGCAUGGCUUAAGUUGCUGGUGUACAACUCUCACACCACACAUCUGUAGGACAAGAUGCUGGUGUUACGUCCUCUGAAGGCUCUUUGAUUGUUUUUAAAAGCCAAAAAUCAGAAUGUGACACGAAGGGAGUUCAGCUCUUCCCAGUCAACUAUGUAUUAAAAAUAUAUAUAUAUAUACCUUUGCACUGAUGCUGUGAUUGCUUUGAGUCAUGCAAUGAAUGCAAACAAACUCUGUGAGCUUCGCUUAAAUUGUGCAAACAGUCCAUGGAAACACUUUAAAAAUAAAUAUAUAAACACAUA